UCAAAUCAAAUCAUAUUGGUUUUCACUACUAGCUAGACUCCACAUCCCUGAAAAAAAUAAAAGAAGAAGAAGAAAACAUACAAUGGAAGUAAAUCAGAAAGAAGUAGAUCAGAUAAGAUGGGAGAAGUUGAAGAAAGUGGCAUCCAUGGCGGUUCCCAUGGUGGUGGUAAACAUAUCUCAAACCCUUCUUCAAGCCACUUCUACAAUGAUUGUUGGCCACAAAAGCGAGAUCUCUCUAGCUGGAAUUGCUCUCGCUAGCUCCAUCGCUAAUGUAACCGGCUUCAGUCUCCUCUCUGGUCUAGCGAGCGCAUUAGAAACAUUUUGUGGUCAAGUUGGAGCUCGUCAGUACGAGAAGCUCGGUUCAUAUACUUUCACGUCCAUUGUUUCUCUCCUCAUCAUAUGUUUCCCAAUCUCUCUUCUAUGGAUUUUCAUGAAGAGUCUUUUGUUAUUGUUUCAUCAAAACCCCGAAAUAUCAGAGAUAGCUUCUGUUUACUGCCUUUGGCUCAUACCAGCUUUAUUUGGUUACUCUGUACUUCAAUCUUUGAUUCGCUACUUCCAAACACAAAGCCUGAUUUUUCCUAUGGUUCUGUCUUCUUUAACGGUUCUGUGUUUCCACGUGCCGGUUUGUUGGGUUUUGGUUUACACUUUAGGGCUUGGAACCAAAGGUGCAGCUUUAUCUAUUAGCCUUUCUUACUGGCUAAAUGCGGUUUUCCUCUGGUUUUUCAUGAGACGUUCUCAAGUUUGCGAAGGCAAACGCGUUUUUGUAUGGGUGGAAGCGUUUGGUAACAUGAGGACCUUCUUCUCUUUAGCCGUUCCUUCUGCUUUGAUGAUUUGUCUUGAAUGGUCGGCUUUCGAAAUUUUGAUUCUUAUUUCCGGUGUUUUACCCAACUCAAAGCUAGAGACAUCUGUGAUUUCCAUGUGCGUGACAUCGUCUUCUUUGCACUACAAUCUAGCAACUGCAAUUGGUGCGGCCGCAAGCACAAAUGUGGCCAACGAACUAGGAGCUGGAAACUUAGUCGCAGCUAAAGCUUCUGCGUUUGUUGCAAUCAUGAUUGCAGCUGUUGAAUCUUCUUCCGUAAGCUUUGCUCUGUUCAUGUCAAGCAAUGUUUGGGGCUACGCCUAUAGUAACGUCCCUGAAGUGAUUCACUACGCUGCAGAAAUCACACCGGUUCUCUGCAUUUCCAUUGUCAUGGAUAGCUUGUCAGCCUCACUAACCGGGGUUGUGAGAGGAAGUGGUAAGCAGAAGAUUGGAGCUUAUGUGAAUAUCGCUGCGUUUUAUAUCAUCGGAAUUCCAGUAGGACUUCUCUUCUGCUUUAUACUUGACUUCAAAGUAAAGGUCUCUGGAUUGGAGUUCUUACUGGAUGCACUGUGCAAACUAUCACCUUGUUUCUCAUUACUACAUUCACAAAAUGGACCAGUGAAGUCAGUGAGGCCUCGGCUGUUUAAUAUGCCAAUUAUUGCGGUUGUGUUCCCAUAAAAUUAUUUGUAAAGUCUCAGUUAGUACUCUUAUGUUUAUUUUUGUUCUUUUCUAUCAAUUAGAUGCGGCUAAUUUUUUAUUUUAAAAACAAUACAAAUAUUGUAAUAUGUAACUGCAAAAGCGAAUUUAAAUGUGAAAGAUGUAUGAUA